CAGAUACCGAAACAAGAAUAGGAACAGUUCAAAGAUGCGGUUUCAUUUGGCAGAAGAGACCUAACUGUUAUAUAAUGUUCAUUAGACAGGGGCAAUCCUAGCGUUCCACCAUGCUCGGAAGACGCCGAAAACUGAGAGACACUGAAAAGGCUCGAAGGCUCACAUUUUAUCGAAAUGGCGACUACUUCGAUUCUGGUGUCAAAGUUGCCCUCCGAGGAUCAAAACCUUUUCCGACCAUGCCACAUCUCCUCGAUUAUCUCAGCCUGAAGGCGCGCAUGCCAGCAAAAAAGCUUUUCGAUGCCAGGAACGGCCAACCGAUCACGAGUUUGGAUCAAUUCGAGAAUGGAGGCUCUUACGUGGUAACGUCAGACGGAAAAUUCGAAGCUUUACCUUAUGGAUCCGUGCCACGUCUGCAGACUUCCCAUGUGGCGGACGCACUUCCCGCAAAGCGAGAGGACUUGGAACUUUUUCGCCCCAUGGAGGACCCCGUGUACGGCAAAAAGAAAAGAAAGAAGAAGAGAGAAACGCAUCUUUUGGCGGAACCGUCACCGGGAAGGCGUGAAGGGCGUUUGCUGACAGUAGCUACGAGGGAAGGGGGAGCGAAGGCGACCCUCCUUUUCAACGACAAGAACCCCCCACCCUUCGAAGAUAUCCUCAGAGACUUCGGUCACGCCUUGGGUUUGGGUCAAGUCAAAAACAUGUCCACUCCCUCUGGGCGCCAGGUGCGUAGCAUUUCUCAGUUGAAAAAUGAAUUCCAAGACGUGGACACGUUUUUUCUCGAUGAAACUGACACGGAUGCUGUAGUACCUCAACUAGAGGAAAAAUCUACUUAUUCUUCGAAAUAUGCAGAACAGCACAGCGCAAGAUCAAGAAUUUCAAGAGUCGACACAACUGUGAAAUCUCCUCCUCUUGAGAUAGAAUGGCUUCACGGUUAUGACGGUAGCCCUCUGUUGGUUCUCGACUACUCCGAGUUGGUGUACGCAGUGGGAUCCGCGAUCAUUCUGUACAAAAGAUCGAACCAUCAGCAGAGGCGCUACAUGGACCACACGGAAGACGUCUGCAGCCUCUUGGCUCAUCCUUCAAGAAAAAUGAUUGCUUCCGGCCAGGUUUCUUCUGAAUAUCAGGAAGCGUCAGUGCACAUCUGGUUGAUAGAAUCCUUGCAAACUGUCGCAGUCGUCGAUCAACUGCUCGGGAAUCCAGUCUCCGUUGCGUUUUCGGCUCACGAUUUUGUUCUUCUUACUGUUGAAAUCGGGACUGAAGAAAAUAAUUUAUCAUUUUGGGACUGGGAAGGCGAUGCGCUUCUGGGUCGAGUUCAGUUGAAUGAAGAGCACCUGGUCGGCGGUGAAUUCCACCCGCAGGAGGCAGAUUUGGCAGUGACAUUCGGGAGACACCAUUUGGCAUUCUGGAGGAGAAAGAAAGACGGGUUCUUGAGUCGGACAGAUGCUCUGGCCCCCGGUCAUUCCGGCCGGACCAUCCAAUCGUGGGCUUUCGUAGGCGAGACUGGGCUGGCAGUGGGCGACUCGAGCGGAUACAUCACCCUUUGGGCCCUACUUCCGGGAGAUGCCUUUCGAAUCAUCAAGGAAGUGCGAGCCCAUCAAGGAAAAGUGAGUUGCAUGGCGGUCACAAGUGAAGGCACUCUAAUUUCUGGUGGACAAAAACAACUCAAAGCCUGGGACGCUCAUCAAAGGCUUCAGCACUUAACUGAGAUGGAGUUGGCAGAUGGAGAAGUGAAGGCGCUGCAGCUCCAGGGAAUGAGCGGCUCUGCUAUCUACGUCGGCACCAAUGAUGCCAUCUUAGAAGGCUCGCUACAGACUUCAUUGCAAAACCUCAUACCCGGUGUGGAGUCUGGGAUCUAUGAUCUUUGUGUGGAUUUUCAAGGUCAGAGUUUCGUCACCGUAGACAGAAAGAGGAACAUUUGCAGAUGGUCUACUCGUCGCAUGAUGUGGAGAACCAAGCCCCAAGUGGACUGCUGCUGCGUCGGUUUUCACCCCGAGGGUCGGGCUGUGAUAGCAGGAGGAGCGAAUGGAAAACUUCUCGUUCUGCACGCUGACGGAGGAUUGGCGGUGGCUUCUGUAUUUGUCGCGGAUGCUGCCCUCAAAGCACUCGCUUAUAAUAAGGAUGGAUCAGUUUUGGCAGUAGGAUGUGAAGAUGGUAACAUAUACAUAUGCGGAGCGAAAAACCAUGGUUAUCUAUACAAGAUGCAUAUGGUGCUGAAGAACGAGUGGCCCAUUUUACAAGUGGAUUGGUCUGGCGAUAGCGAAUCUCUGCAGUCCUGCUACAGAAACGCAGAUUUUUGCGAAGUUGCGCUCUGGAAAGUGGCAGAAUCGAAGCGAGUGAACUCUGGUUUAUCGAAAAGUAUGGACUGGCCUCAACACACGUGCAUUCUUUCGCAUAAUGUCUUAGGAAUUUGGAAAGCAGUCGAAGGCGCUUUUUAUCUGAGCUGCCACAGAUUCGGAUCAAAAUUGGCCGCAGCAGCGCAGGACGGAUGCAUCAGGAUAUUUCCUUAUCCUUGCAGAGAAGCUGAACAAGUUUCUUAUGAGGAGCAAAGGCAAGGGCCCCGACCCGUGGACGUCAUUCGCUUCCUGAAUAGGAGCAGCCUGGUUUCCAGCUCUGGUCCAGCUAUUUUCAUCUGGAACAUCAAAGAGUGACGCACCUCGUGGCAUCCGAGUUUUCACUGACUGGGUUGGUUUCACGUCUGGAAAAAAGGAAUUUUGUAAUCGAGUUUUCCUUCCGCUUUUGAAAUUUUGUAUUCUCAAUGAGGUUCAUUUAUUUAGAAAUUUAAUUAUUUCUUAAAAGAUUCAUUUUAAUCAAAUCUUGGAAGUGCACUAUCUGGUAGUGAACUGGAGAAAACUGAUUUUAAUAUCUAAUAAUAUUUAUAAUAAUGAAUUAUAAAUUGUAGAGUAAAAAGUAAA